UUAAAAUAUUGCGAACUUUACAACCUAAAUUAUUUUUAAGCGAUGGAAUUGGAACCUAUUUCCGCGCAUGAAAGGGCUAGGCGAUCUGUGUUUGUUGGAAACAUUCCAUAUGAAGCCACUGAAGAGGCAUUGAAGGAGAUAUUUGUGCAGGCUGGCCCAGUUGUAAGCUUCAGGUUGGUGUAUGACAGAGAAACAGGCAAACCCAAAGGCUAUGGGUUUUGUGAGUACCAGGACAUAGAAACUGCUCAGAGUGCUCUUCGUAAUCUCAACAACACCGACUUCAAUGGGCGCCCAUUGCGGGUGGGUGUGGCGGCAGGGGAGACUAACAAGGAUGAGAUUGCGGGCAUGCAGCAGGCUCUCGGAGGACCUGUGCUGGAGAGCCCAUACGGUGAUGGCACAGAACCAGAGAAGGCACCAGAGGCGAUUUCAAAAGCUGUUGCCAGUCUCCCACCAGAACAGAUGUUCGAGCUUAUGAAACAGAUGAAGCUGUGUAUCCAGAACAACCCAACAGAGGCCCGGAGCAUGCUGCUUCAGAAUCCCCAGUUAGCCUAUGCCUUGCUUCAGGCUCAGAUUGUUAUGAAGAUUGUGGAUCCACAAGUUGCCAUGGCGAUGUUGCACAGAGACACUUCCCAGGUUCCCCCACCUGGCAGCACUGCCCCAACCAUUCCCGCAAGUGUGGCCCCUAUCUCAGUUGACCCAGGAAUCAGGGGGCAUAACCCCAUGACCAACCCUAUGAUGGCUAGUCCAGGCCCUCAACCAGUUCAGCCAGUUGGGCCUCCAUUGAUGGGUGCCCCUGCGAGGGGUCCAGGUCUAAUGGGACCUUCAAACUCUAUGGGAGGCCCAAUAGGAAAUUUUGGACCUGGUCCUCAGGAUAUGGGAGGUCCAGGACCCAGAGGCAUGCCCCCUAGGGGAAUGAUGUGGGGUCCAGGGUCUCAGGGUAUGGGCCCAGCGCCAGGAAUGUGACCUGGACCGGGUCCAAGAGGGCCAGGGCCUGACUUCAAUAGGGAUCCAAGAGACACAAGAGACCCGAGGGACCCAAGGUUGCUGGGUCAAGGUGAUAGGGGAAUGGGGCCUCGCCCUGGAGCACCUAUGAUAAAUGCACCAAACACAAGCAUGGGCGGUAUGCCACUGGCAGGCAUGGGUCAAAUGAUGGCAGGUGGAGGUGGCGGGGGACCUCAAGACCAGGAAAAGGCGGCCUUGAUAAUGCAAGUGUUACAACUGACAGACCAGCAGAUAGCAAUGUUACCACCCGACCAGCGACAGAGCAUCCUCAUAUUGAAGGACCAGCUCACCAAAAAUGCAGCCUAACAGCUUAUCAGUCAUUCAUUAUUUUGUCAUUGUAUUCUUUCAUUUGUGUAUAGUUAUGAUAACUGGGAAGUAAAUCAAAGUAUUUUAGAUAACAUAACUGUUUUCACAAUUUCAAACAAAAUUGUUUUAUUUGGCAAACAGUUUAGAACAUGUUUUCUUAAUAAACAUUGUGGAGUUUAGAACAUGUUUUCUCAAUAAACAUUGUGGAGUUUAGAACAUGUUUUCUCAAUAAACAUUGUGGAGUUUAGAACAUGUUUUUUCAGUAAACAUUGUGGAGUUUAGGACAUGUUUUCUUAAUAAACAUUUUGGAGUUUAGAACUUGUUUUCCCAAUUAACAUUGUGGAGUUUAAAACAUGUUUUCUUAAUAAACAUUUUGGAGUUUAGAACAUGUUUUCUCAAUAAACAAUGUGGAGUUACGAACAUGUUUUCUCAAUAAACAUUAUGGAGUUAAGAACAUGUUUUCUCAAUAAACAAUGUGGAGUUUAGAACAUGUUUUCUCAAUAAACAUUAUGGAGUUAAGAACAUGUUUUCUCAAUAAAUAUUGUGGACUUUAAAACACAUAAAUGAUAAGAGAAAUAUGGGAUGUUUUUGAAAUAGCAGUUGUUUUGUUCAUGAUUAUUAAAAUUCUUGCGCAUUGUUAAUCAUCCAUAUUGGCAUUGUCUUUAAAAAAGGCAUCAUUUACUUGUAGUAUGUAGUUUAUCAUUUGUAUGUUGGUUAUUGACCUUGUCAUGAAGAAAUAAAAGUUGUAAAUAGUAA